GUCAUUGUGUUUGUAGGUAGACGGUUCCGGAUUGUUUCAAAGCCAAAAUGCAACCUCAAAUCCUCGUACUGAAGGAGGGGACGGACCAGUCGCAGGGUAAGCCACAGCUUAUCUCCAACAUCAAUGCGUGUCAGCUUGUAGUUGAUGCUGUGCGCACUACUCUGGGUCCACGUGGUAUGGACAAGCUUAUUGUCGAUCACAGUGGAAAGGCAGUCAUAUCCAAUGAUGGUGCUACAAUCAUGAAGUUGUUGGACAUUGUACAUCCUGCUGCAAAAACACUUGUUGACAUCGCCAAAUCUCAAGAUGCUGAGGUCGGCGACGGAACUACUUCAGUGGUCAUACUCGCUGGCGAGUUACUGAAGAGGUUGAAGCCAUUUGUUGAAGAAGGUGUACAUCCUCGUGUGAUAGUGCGCGCUGUGCGUACCGCGGCGAAACUUGCUGUGGAUGCCGUGAAAAGUUUAUCUGUCAAGAUCGACAACAAAUCACCAGAGGAACAGAGGGAGUUACUCCGCAAGUGCGCUGCUACAGCGAUGUCCUCAAAAUUGAUCCAUCAGCAGAAGGAUCACUUCUCCAAAAUGGUGGUGGAUGCUGUACUAUCGCUGGAUGCUCCAUUAUUACCACUGGAUAUGAUCGGUAUCAAGAAAGUAUCUGGCGGAGCUCUAGAAGAUUCGUUCCUGGUAGCUGGAGUGGCGUUCAAGAAGACAUUCUCGUACGCCGGCUUUGAGAUGCAACCCAAGAGUUAUGAUGACUGCAAGUUGGCACUUCUCAACAUUGAGUUGGAGCUGAAAGCCGAGAGGGACAAUGCAGAGGUCCGAGUGGACAACGUGAAAGAGUACCAGAAAGUGGUUGACGCCGAAUGGCAGAUAUUGUACGAGAAAUUAGCGGUGUUACACGCUAGCGGUGCUAACGUUGUGCUCAGCAAAUUGCCCAUUGGUGAUGUCGCCACUCAAUAUUUCGCUGAUCGCAACAUGUUUUGCGCGGGCCGUGUACCAGAAGAAGAUAUGCGUAGAACACAACGCGCGUGCGGCGGUGCUGUAUUGACAUCAGUACGUGAUUUGCAACCUGACGCUUUGGGGCACUGCAAACACUUCACAGAGAGACAAGUGGGCGGCGAACGAUAUAACCUGUUCACUGGAUGUCCAGGCGCGAAGACUUGUACUUUGAUUCUGCGCGGUGGCGCUGAACAGUUCCUGGAGGAGACUGAACGUUCGUUACACGACGCUAUAAUGAUAGUGCGCAGAACUAUCAAGAACGACGCUGUCGUUGCUGGUGGUGGAGCCAUCGACAUGGAACUGUCGAAGUAUCUUCGCGAAUAUUCCAAGAAUGUAGCGGGCAAAGAGCAACUAUUGUUGGGUGGUAUAGCGCGCGCGUUCGAAGCUAUUCCGAGGCAACUGUGCGAUAACGCAGGCUUUGAUGCCACCAAUUUGCUCAACAAGCUGAGACAGAGACAUCACCAGGGUGAUGUGUGGUACGGUGUCGAUAUACAGAAGGAGGAUAUCGCUGAUAACUUCGAGGCGUGCGUGUGGGAACCAGCAGUUGUCAAAAUUAACGCUAUCACAGCCGCCUGCGAGGCCGCCGCGCAGAUCCUGUCUAUAGACGAGACCAUAAAGAACGUGAAGAGCGGCGGAGAUGCCCCACCCGGACGUGGGAUGGGUCGGCCCCGAAUGGGCUAAGACACAUCAUUGCACUAAAAUACAGCAACCCUUACCAAGUUAUUAAGUUAGCAAGCUAAUGGAUGAUAUAAUCAAUUUAUUCUUGCAACAAAAUUACUGUUAAAUUAUUUAUAUUUUUUAGUAUAGGCUACUAGAAUUUCUAAUUUUAAUGUGGACGUACUAUAAAAUAACAUUGCUAAAACGUCAUACCGUCAUAGGGAGAAAAACUUCAUUUAACUCCAAUGUUACAGGUUUGCUGACCUGUCGUAGGGAGUGAAAAAUUAUACUUAAAAACUUCCUGUUCAAAAUUCAUUUCUUAUGUAAUAAUGCCUACCCUGUAUUGACUAUGUACGUAAAAUUUUACGAAUUGUGCGAAACGCGUAGAUAAGCCAUUAAUACAAGAAAAGAGAGCCGAUAGCAUAGCUUUUGACAUUCUUAAGUGCUUCUAACAGCUUAGACUGAAUAAAUUAUAUUGAUAUUUAAUUUUUUCAAUUUUUUUCCCAUGGAUGAGAUAGCUUUGUGGAAAGCUAGAAUUAUGCUUAAAAAUAUAGUUAAGAAAGAAGGGAGACAAAAAGAUAGAUAGCCACUAGUCUUCUAUUUUUUCAAACUGGCAAAUUAUCUAGUGAUUUCUAGUAAUUGUUUUAUGCGUUUUUUUUUUAUUACGCCAUGUCUUUAUACUGGAAGUCAUUAAAUAGUCCACUGAUAAGUCACAACAUUUAUUUUGUCCUAUAUAAUAAUAUAUAUAUUCAAAAUGUGCGUGUGACUAAUUUUAUGAAAUUAUUGUGUAACGUCAACUUAUCUAAUGUACUUGGUAAGGGUUACGCGCAAGUUACUAUAGGUAUUAUUAAUAAUAUAAUAAAAUAUUUUAACACUGCUUAUUGUAUGUUUUUUUUAUUAUUUUGAAUCUGUACAAAUUUUGUAAAAAUUCUGGCAACUAGUUCGUCAGUUUAGGAUCAACGCUGACUAAGUUUGCGGUUUCAGAUCUUUGUUUUUAUCCUUGUUGGUGCCAGUAGAAUUUUUUAUCACGAAGAGGCUAGCCCUCCCGACAGGAGAGAUGCUUAUCUAUAGGGAUUUUUUUUUCUUCGUAAUUAUCUUCCAUGAAUUGGCCAGCAC